UUCAUUUCAAAUAUUAUAACCUUUUAACAGGACAGUCACGAAAUUUUUUCAAAUAUCCAGUUGUUGAGGAAGUUGUAAAAUAUUUUUUAAUUGAAAUUGAAGAACAGCAAUAAUGGAUAAGCUCAAAGAAAAUCAUUCUUCUUGCGACUUGCGACCAGAAACAUUAAAAAGAAAAGAUGAUUUGGAUGCACAAAUAAAAUUAGAUCACCAGGGAAGAAAAAAUUAUUCAAGCAAUGUGUGCAAAAAGACCUUUGCGAGAGUGUUAGAUGUAACAUAUUUUGAAAAAAAUGUUUAUAAGGGAAAAAAGGACUACGUAUGUGUCGUGUGUCAAGGAAUAUUUCCUUCUUGGAACAAUUUAGCGAGACACUAUAAAAUUGUUCACGAAGAGCAAAAGUACUACGGUUGUGAUGUGUGCCAAAAAGCGUUUGCAAGUUUGGGCCAUUUGAAGGAACACCAAAGAUCAGUUCACGAAGGAUAUAACAAAUACGAAUGCGACGUGUGUAAAAAAACGUUUGCACGGAAGAGUCAUAUGAAACGACACUACAAAACAAUUCACGAAGGACGAAAAGACUAUGUAUGCGACGUUUGUCAAAAAGAAUUUUCUAAUUGGAGCUAUUUGAAGAAACACCAAAAAACAGUUCACGAAAAACGAAGAGACUACGAAUGCGAAGUGUGUCAAAGAGCGUUUUCACGUGUGGACAAUUUGAAGGUACACCAAAGAUCAGUUCACGAAGGAUAUAACAAAUACGAAUGCGACGUGUGUAAAAAAACGUUUGCACGGAAGAGUCAUAUGAAACGACACUACAAAACAAUUCACGAAGGACGAAAAGACUAUGUAUGCGACGUUUGUCAAAAAGAAUUUUCUAAUUGGAGCUAUUUGAAGAAACACCAAAAAACAGUUCACGAAGGGCGAAGAGACUACGAAUGUGAUGUGUGUCAACAAAAAUUUAAACAACAGGGCCACGUGAAGCAACACAAAAAAACUGUUCAUGAAGGGCGAAAAGACUUCGAAUGUGAUGUGUGUCAAAAAAAGUUUGCAACCAAUCCGAAAUUAAGAGUUCAUCGCAAAUCUGUUCACGAAGGGAGAAGAGACUACGUUUGCGAUGUGUGUCAAAAAUCAUUUUCUGAGCGAAGCUAUUUGAAGAAACACCAACAAAUAGUUCACGAAGGACGAAAAGACUAUGUAUGCAAUGUGUGUCAAAAAGCAUUUUCUGAUCGAAGCUAUUUGAAGAAACACCAACAAAUAGUUCACGAAGGACGAAAAAACUAUGUCUGCGAGGUGUGUCAAAAAACGUUUUCAUCAAAUCAGGACUUAAAAAUUCAUCGCAAAACUGUUCACGAAGGACGAAGAGACUACGAAUGUGAAGUGUGUCAAAAAAAUUUUAAACAACAGGGCCACGUGAAGCAACACAAAGAAGCUGUUCACGAAGGACGUAAAGACUACGUGUGUGACGUGUGCCAAAAAGUGUAUACUACAAAACAGAUCUUACAAUUUCAUCUGAGAACUAUUCAUGAAGGGAGAAGAGACUACGUUUGUGACGUGUGUCAAAAAAAGUUUACUACAAAACAGAACGUAACAGUUCAUCUCAAUACUUUUCAUGAAGGAGGAAAAGACUACGAAUGUGAUGUGUGUAAAAAAAAUUUUACACAGCGGAACCAUAUGAAGCAACACAAAAAAAUAGUUCAUGAAGGGCGAAAAGACUACGAAUGCAAGGAGUGCCAGAAAAGGUUCACUACGAAUAAGUCUCUGUCAAUUCAUCAAAAAAAAAUCCACGGAAGCCAAGAAGCGUUUGGAGCCAAUCAUCAUUCGACAGAUCAUUGCGAAAUGGUUCACGAAGGACGAAAAGACUAUGAGUGCAACGCGAGUCAGAGAGUAUUUUCAGAGCAGGAUAUUGUGAAGGAAGACUAAAAAAUAGUUUACGAAGAACAAAUCGAAAAUAUUUGUAACGUUCGUCCAGAAGUAUGUACAACAGAACACAACUUGACCAACCACAGCAUAACUGAUCACGACGAACAAAGAUACUUCGAAAAACAAAAUGUAUUUCGAAAGAAAUUUUAUAAAAACCAAAAGGGUUAUGUCAGUGAUGGUUGCAAAAAAGCAACAAGUCUUAAUUUGAAGCCUGAGUUGUGUGAUUGUGCGAAUUGUCAAAAGUCAUUUAUAUAGAGACAAAGUUUGAUCUCUCACACAGUGUUAGGCAGUCACUCAAUAUUAGAGAGAAUUCAAGUUUUUAAUGUAACAAACAUUUUAUUUGAUGAUGCAAUUAUUGUAUUGUAUUAACAAUAAUUAACUUUGCCAAGUUUAAGUAUUAUUUAAAAAAUGACGAGUUCGUUAUUAUGUAAAUAUUGAUUUUGGUCUGUAAUUGACUACAUAAAAUUCAUCAUGUAAAUAUAAAAACUGUGGCGCAGGAUGGACGUGUGUAGGCCAAGUCAAAGUUUUAACGCACUAAUGCGCGGUAGUACACCAGAAAAUGUGUAAACUUGCCUCACGCAACUAAAAUUCAUGUAUAAAUGUAUUGUAAUGUCUAGAAAAAAUAGAAUUGCAUAUUAUCAAUAGGUAUAUAAAUACAAGUGUGGAAAUGUAUCUACAG